UCCCCCUUUGACCACUGAACUACCACAUUGCAGCAGGGGAGAAGACGGGAAGAAGGAUGGUCGGCUGCUGCUUCUCCUGUUCUCUUUGGUUCCUUUUGUGUCUCGCGGCCCUCUUCAUAGUGUCAUCAGAGUCCGCAUUGAAUCGUUACCAAUUCGAUGUUCAGGUGAAGAACGUCAGUAGGUUGUGCCAUGCCAAGCCCAUCGUCACCGUGAACGGCAGGUUUCCUGGGCCUACCAUCUAUGCUAGGGAAGGAGACCGGGUCGUUGUCAACGUCACCAACUACGCCCAAUACAAUCUCUCCAUUCACUGGCAUGGUCUGAAGCAGUUCCGUAAUGGCUGGGCUGAUGGACCAGCCUACAUAACACAGUGUCCGAUCCAGAGCGGGCGCAGCUACGUAUAUGACUUUAACGUCACAGAUCAGAGGGGAACCUUGUGGUGGCAUGCACACAUUCUAUGGCUCAGAGCCACCGUUCAUGGCGCCAUCGUCGUCAUGCCCAAGAGGGGCGUCCCUUAUCCUUUCCCCCAGCCUGAUGCUGAGCUCAAUAUUGUCUUAGGAGAGUGGUGGCACAAGGAUGUUGAGGUGAUUGAGAGCCAAGCCAACUCCCUGGGUGUCCCUCCAAGCUUGUCUGAUGCACAUACCAUCAACGGGAAGCCAGGACCGCUCUUCCCUUGCUCCGAGAAACACACGUACGCGAUGGAGGUGGAAAGCAACAAAACAUACAUGUUGAGGAUCAUCAGCGCUGCGCUCAAUGAUCAGCUCUUCUUUAACAUCGCCGGCCAUAACAUGACGGUGGUGGAAAUCGAUGCCGUCUACUGUAGACCCUUCUCCACACACGCUUUGCUGCUCGCACCAGGUCAGACCACCAACGUUUUGGUUCGCACCAACCAGGUCCCUGGCCGGUACUUCGUGGCCGCAAAGCCGUUCAUGGACGUCCCCAUCCCCGUCGACAACAAAACCGCCACCGGAAUCCUUCAAUACAAGGGUGUCCCCAACAGUGUCGUGCCCAGCAUGCCGCCGCUUCUCUCCAAGAACGACGUCGGCUUCGUGAAGAGCUUCAACGACAAGCUCAGGAGCUUGAACUCUCCUCAAUUCCCCGCAAACGUUCCUCUUCAGAUCGAUCGGCACCUCUUCUUCACCGUGGGGUUAGGGAGGGAUCCAUGCCCGACGUGCUUGAACGGGACCAGGUUUAUAGGCGCAAUCAACAACAUCACGUUCACUCUUCCCACUGUGGCGCUGCUUCAGGCGCAUUAUUCCAGAAUAAGCGGCGUGUUCACGAGGGAUUUUCCGGACAGGCCGCCGACGGUUUUUAAUUUCACCGGUGCACCACUAAAGGCCAACCUCGGCACCAAGGUCGGCACCAGAUUGAGCUGGAUCCCCUUCAACUCCACCGUUGAAUUGGUGCUUCAAGGCACCAAUCUCGUCGGCGUUGAGUCCCAUCCCUUCCAUCUCCAUGGUUACAACUUCUUUAUUGUUGGAAGGGGAAUCGGCAACUUUGAUCCCGACAAGGACCCUGCAAGUUUUAACUUGAUCGAUCCUCCUGAAAGGAACACAAUUGCGGUUCCUACCGGUGGAUGGACGGCCAUCAGAUUCAGGGCUAAUAACCCAGGCGUAUGGUUCAUGCAUUGUCACCUGGAAGUUCAUACUACGUGGGGAUUGUCAACCGCUUUUCUGGUGGAGAAUGGAGAUCGUCCUGAAGAUUCUCUACUGCCUCCCCCGAUGGAUCUUCCUCCUUGCUAAACUGCUCUCGAUCACGAGGGAAUAUAAUUAAGGCGGAGAGAACAAGAUCCAUCGGUAUAUAUUGUUUGAUCUUAAUUCGUUUGAGCUAAGUGCUCAGUUUAUUUCCUUUUCCUGUACAAUUAAGUUGCAGGAAGUAUAUAUGCCAAGUGCGAUGUUGAAGAAUGUCAGAUUAGACACGACAUCGCACCAAGUGAGAUUGGCAUUGUCCCAUAGGUCUUCUCACAAAAAUGGAGAGACUUUUGUGCAUGUUUGCAAUAAAAGCACCUGGAAUUUGGAAACCA